CUUAUGAAUAGGAAAUAGAUUAUGCACUCGUUGCUUGGUAACCUUUCAAGAGCGUCCAAUCGCGCAACCUAAUUAAUAUUAACGAGAUAUCCCUUCACCAUAGUAAGACUGGUAAAGUCGCGCUCGGGCCACAGACUCCAUAGGUUGAAAUCCAGCUGCUAGCGCUGGGGUUUGGUGAAGCACGAGACCAGGGGAACGGUGGUCGCACAGCACACGCAACAUGGCUGGAAAGAUUCAGACUCUUACUAUGGAGGAAAGGGAGCACCUUCUGCCCAUGUUGAGGAGUGCUCAGUGGGUGGAGGUGGUGGGGAGGGAUGCCAUUUACAAGGAGUUCCUCUUCAAAGACUUCAACCAGGCUUUUGGGUUCAUGUCCAGAGUAGCACUACACGCUGAGAAAAUGGAUCAUCACCCUGAAUGGUUUAAUGUGUAUAAUAAGGUUCAGAUCACUCUCAGUACUCAUGAGUGUGGAGGACUUUCACAGCGUGACAUCACCCUUGCGACCUUCAUAGAUCAGGCCUCAGUCCUCUGAGAGGACCCUCUCUCAUGAGAGCUUGUCAGACGACCUCUUUGCAGCCUGUGAAUCUGGACCAAUAACACUGACUUCAUGCAUCACGAUUAGCAGUAUAUCAGUUUUGACUGUAUAGUCUCCUUCAAGUCUGCCUGUUUCAAUCAACCUUUUCCUGAGAAGUAUUAAUGGAGUGGUUAAGUUCUUUAAAAUCAUUCCAUAUCCACAGUAAACAUAUUAAAGAUCAGACCAUUAAAUAACACUAAAGAGACCGGGUAAAGCAAUAUGUAAUACUGUGUUCUUUGGCCAAUUUUUUUUUUUUUACUAAAAUAUAAAGUGCCUUUAUUUUGUUGUUGAUGUGGGGAAAGUCUGAGAUCUGUAAUCCCUAACAGGAUACAGUGAUAAAAUGGCAGACACUGUGCCUCAACAAUGAAUCGUAUUAAACAGUAAACAUUAGCCAGCAUUAACUGUGAGAUCAAUACAUCAUAUGUCAAGUGUCAAAUCACCUGCCUUUUGUUUAAUCAUUACACAAAUAAAGUCUAUAGCACAGAAACUCUCUUUUAUCUUCAAUAAUCUAGGAACAGUGUAAAUA